UUCAACCAUACACUUUACAAUUUUAUUUGUUGUCUUUUUCUCUGACCUACAUGGGUCAAUGACUUUUUGAAGGAUAUUCCAUAGAAAAGUAAACCAAGCAAUGCACUGAUAUUUUACAUUGAUUACAUUCUGUAUACUAUAUAUAGGGUUAAAGAAACCCACCAGAAGGGAUCAUUUUAUUCUUAAGUCCUUAAUAGAGUAUAACAAAACACAGACACUCGUCAAUGGAUGACUUUUAUUCUUCUAUCUGGCUUCAUCAAGAGAGCUUUGAUGAGACGAGGCAGAAUUUGCAGAACACUCUGUUCGAGCUGGAGACACUGAGAAUGGAAGCCAAUGAGAAAUCAAGAACACAUACAGAAGAAGUCAACCAGCUUCUCACUCUCCUCAAAUCCACUCAACAAGAACGAGACGAAGCUAGACAACAACUAUCUCAGUUUCUCACCCAAACCCAAAACUCUAAUUCAAGAAGCAUCACUGAGUCAAACAGCCUCUCUCGUGACGGAUCUUCUUCUCCUUCUUCCUCAGAACUCUCCAGCUUCCUCAACAUUCAUCCUCCUCAGCCGUCAAUGAUCCUCAACGAUGCAAUGGCUCAUAAACAUCAUCAGCUCGAUCCUAUGGACGCUCUCGUGAUGGGGAAAGCUUUUCCUGAAACGGGGAAGCUAUUAAAAGCGGUGGUGGAAGCUGGACCGCUUCUUCAAACGCUUCUUGUCGCGGGACCACUGCCGAAAUGGGUAAACCCACCGCCUCAAACGCAAUCGCAGCGUUUUGAUUUACCUCCUCCUUUCUCGUUUAAAGGGUCUGAUGUUAGUAACAGCUCGCUAACGUGUUCUGGUUCGGUUAUGAGAUUUGGGAUCGGUUCGAGUUCGGUUAUCGAUCAAACAAUGUUAACCGGAAAGAGGCAGAGAUUAGAGUAGCUAAUCGAUCAUUUUACGAGAUUUAUCAGAGCAGUAUUGUAAGCUGGGUGAUUAUUUUUGUCCCUUCUUUAUGAUUCUAACUCCGGUUUGAACGGUUCGGUUAUUAUGUCAAAUUUGGUUCAGGGUAAUAAAUUUGUUUUCUGUACCAGUCACGGUUUCAUUACCACUUUAAUUUUCGAUUUACUCGAUUUGUGUC